UGCCUGAGGAACCAGUCCCCGCACGCCUGACUGCCACCCCCUCUCGCUUCCGCUCUCUCUUUCUCCCUUCCAUACUUAACCUGCUUCAUCCAACACCGAUUCACCACUCCCAUCCUCUCCAUCAAUCAACUCCAUCAAAAAUUCAGCGAAAAUGCUCGCCUCAAGCAGGUUGACCGGCGCCGUCGCCCGUAUGGGCCUGAAGCAGCCCUACCGUUUGAUGUCAACGGCACAGGGACAGGCUCGCCUCUCAAGCUCCAUCGUCUCCACUGCUCGCCAGCAGGCGACCGGCCGUCACGGCCUGCUUCUCAAUGGCGGUCGCAACACGUUCACUUCCACCAUGAUCCGCGGCGCGAUGCAAUCCCGCGGCGUCGUCGUCGAGUCCACGGCCGCUGCGCUCAUCACGGCUGCCAAGGUGCACGGUGCGGGUGCGGCCACAAUUGGCCUCGCGGGCGCUGGUGUCGGCAUUGGCACUGUCUUUGGCGCGCUCAUUCAAGGCGUCGCUCGCAAUCCUUCGAUGAGAGGCCAGCUCUUCUCAUACGCCGUCCUGGGCUUUGCCUUCGCCGAAGCCACCGGCCUCUUCGCCCUCAUGGUUGCUUUCCUCCUUCUCUACGCCUACUAGAUUCGCAUCCAGGCAGCUUGUGGAUCGUGCAAUCGUGCAUCGCAUUUGUGCGUUGGGACCACGACACAGAUUGACGAAGAUGGACCCUCGGGCUGGUGGAGAUAAGACCCUGACCCAGGCGAGCGGGCCGCCGCCUUAGCGCUGGUGUCCACAUGCUUUCGGGGGAUCCGGCACCACAUCCAGAGCUCACACAUUCUCGGUGGACCAUGUUCUGUUGGAAGCAAUAGAGACGGAUGGGCAUGUAGCAUAUC